AUGCUACCCCCCUCAUACUCGGAUCAUGAUCCUUUACCACCCCCGUCCUUCGACCCGCUGUCGAUGAUGCUCAGCCAGUUUUCGAUUGUGAAGCGCUUUGCAAGUUUCCUAACGACGGGUGACUUGAUCCAGCUUUCUCGCACAUCCAGCACAGUCCGUGAAACGCUCCUACAAUCGCCAGAAUACUGGUCCGAACUGCUCGCCCUGACGUCCCUCGUCUGCUCUGAGAACACUCAUAUCAAAGGUGCAAAUGUUAAGAACUGCGUAAUCUGUUCUAUGCCCGUCUGCGAGACAUGUAUUGUGAAAUCUGACUUCCACGGCACCUCCGGAACAUUCCUAAAUCGUAUUCGCACCUUCUGCGACUCCUGCUGGUCUGCAACAAACUUCUCCCACCCGCCAAACUCGCCGCACACCUCGGCCCCGCCGCUCUGUCUCUGCGUCGCAAAAGACGGAUGGCUCUGCUCCCGCUGUCGCUCCACAGAGCGCGCAGAGCUCUUGGAGAAUAAGUACACCUGCGCAACGGACGGGUGCGAGGAGCCCCACGAUAACUCGGAGAAGCAGCGUGUAUGCACUUGGUGCCGUCUCCCACUGCCGCCGGCCUGGCGCCCGGUCACUGCGGAGCAGAUACCAAACCCGGGGUCUCCCGGGGGAGGCGAGCAUGUGGAGGAGGAGGCCCCGGGGUAUGAUGAGGGUAGCAGCAAUAUAGCGGGGCGGAGAACUUCAGAUGUGGUGGAUUCCCCCGUGGAUAAAGUUAAGAUUGCGGGUUGGGAACAGAUGAAUGAUGAGGAGAGGUCGGACUACCAGAAGGCGUGGUUGGCGAAAGGGGCGAGGGAGAGCGCGCGGGCGGGUAGAGUCGUGAGAGGGGGGAGUAUGGAUGAUUCUGGGGAGGGGAGCUCUGCGGCCCCUGCGGCAGAUGGGGAUGAAGUACCGAGCUUCGAGGAAGCGCUCAACGAUGGAGAGGUGGCAGAGGCUAGUUCUAGUGGCGAGGCCAGUUCUAGCGCUGAGGCCCAGGAGGCAUUGGGGAAGAUGAAGCUCAAGGACACUGAUAAUAGUGGCGGGAGUAGCUAG